AAAAUCGAAUCUCCUCCCAUUUGUCGUCGUCAUCUUCAAUUUGGACUUCCACCGCCGACACCGUUUAACUCCGAUGGUUCCUUCGCCGUCGAAUCCGCAGCAGAUUCAGCAGUUCCUCUCUUCCGCGCUCUCCCAGCGCGGUCCAUCUUCAGUUCCCUACGAAGAGUCCAACAAGUGGUUGAUCCGGCAACAUCUACUUAACCUAAUCUCUUCUUACCCUUCCUUAGAGCCCAAAACGGCAUCGUUUAUGCACAACGAUGGCCGCUCCGUCAAUCUCCUUCAAGCAGAUGGUACGAUCCCGAUGCCUUUCCAUGGAGUCACCUAUAACAUCCCUGUAAUCAUCUGGCUCCUCGAAUCUUAUCCUCGCCAUCCUCCUUGCGUCUAUGUGAAUCCUACCGCCGAUAUGAUCAUAAAGCGACCUCACGCACAUGUUACUCCUUCUGGUCUCGUUUCUCUUCCUUAUCUUCAGAAUUGGGUUUUCCCUAGCUCAAAUCUCGUAGAUCUUGUCUCCGAUCUCAGCGCUGCUUUUGCUCGUGAUCCGCCUCUUUAUUCACGACGCCGUCCUCAGCCGCCGCCACCGUCUCCUCCUACUGGAUACGAUUCGUCUCUGACACGACCUCCUUCUGCUGAUCAGUCAUUAGCUAGACCGUUCCCGCCAUCACCUUACGGUGGAGGAGGUAGGGUGCAAGUGCAGCAUGUUCACCACCAGCAGCAAUCGGAUGAUGCUGCGGAGGUUUUCAAGAGAAACGCGAUUAAUAAGAUGGUGGAGAUGGUUCACGGCGAUUUGGUUUCGAUGAGGAGAGCCAGAGAAGCUGAAGCAGAGGAGCUACUGAGUUUGCAAGCUGGGCUGAAGAGAAGAGAGGAAGAGCUUAAUAGAGGUUUGAGAGAGAUGGUUGAGGAGAAAGAAACACUUGAACAACAAUUACAGGUUAUCUCCAUGAACACUGAUAUUCUAGACUCUUGGGUUAGAGAGAACCAAGGCAAAACCAAGAAUUUAGUUGAUUUGGAUGUGGAUAAUGCUUUUGAAUGUGGUGACACACUCUCUAAGCAGAUGUUAGAGUGUACUGCUUUGGAUUUAGCCAUUGAAGAUGCUAUUUAUUCCUUGGAUAAAUCGUUUCAAGAUGGGGUUGUUCCCUUUGAUCAGUACUUGAGGAAUGUAAGGUUGUUGUCGAGGGAACAGUUCUUCCACCGUGCCACGGGUUCUAAAGUCAGGGCGGCACAGAUGGAGGUUCAGGUUGCAGCGAUCGCAGGUAGGUUGCAUUCAUGAAUGAAAUUCAGUGUUUCUAUUUGCGGGAUGCUGUGUCACAAUGCUGGUUUAUAUAGUCUGAGAUUAGCAUCUUUGAGGAGAAUUUCUGUGGCUAUACGUGUGAUGAUGGUUCCUCUUUAAGAUUGAAUUAAAUGUCUAUAGACUAUAUACACACCUACACUGCUGUGCACAUACAUAUUUGAAUGGAUCAGGCCUGAGAAUCAUCUCCUUUUGUGAUCUAUGACUACCUUUUUUUUGGGGAUCUUUGUGAUGAAACAUUAUUAUCUAAUGAAUCAUUUGGUUUGAGAAUGUUA